ACACGGCAACUUUCGAACAGGAAACCUAUUAGACGCUUCGCCUGUCGCUUUCUCUUUAUCCACGGCCACCGUCAUGUUAUUGCAGGAGCUUGAUUGACAGGUCUGAGCCCCUGCGGUUGCAGCAUGGACGCUGAAGAUGCCCACUUCGGGCAGGGCGUGUUUGGGGCUCAGUGCUCUAACCCAGCCAUGAGCAUCAUCGGCGCUGAGGAUGAGGAUUUCGAGAAUGAUCUGAAUGAUGUGCCGGAUGAGCAGAGCCCAUACUUCAAUAACAUAGACCUGCUGAAGGAUCACCCGACCCACCUGCUGGUGUUCCUGCAACAUGUCAUCCUACAGUUUGACCCAGCCCCCCUGCUGUGUUACCUCCAUGCUGACCUCUUUAAGAACCUCAGUGCCAAAGAGACCAAGAAGCAAUUUGUGGAGUUCUUCAACACUUUCCUGGACAAGGGUGCAAUCCUCAGAGUGGCACUACCAUCUAAUGUAGCCUAUGAAUUGGACCGAACCCGUCCAGAUCUGCUCCAUGAGGACACCCAAAAGCGUUAUGCUCAGGAGGUUCAGAGCAUGCAGGCUGCUGAAGUGGCCAAACAGCUGGAAGAUUUCAGGCAAAAGAGGAUGAUGGGCAUGACGCCCAACGAGGCGGAACUCAUCGACGUGGAGAGCCACUAUCCCACUGACCGCAUCCCGAUGGAGAUGAAGGAGAAGUCUGUAGCUGAAAACCUGCUGGACAAGAUGUCUGAGACACAACCUUCAAUUGUCUCGGACGAGGAAAAAUGCCAAUCCAUCUUUUCAGCGGUGGCCUUCUUUAUGAAGCACCUUGGGGUUAAAACCAGGGCAGUUGACAGUAAGAAGUCCAGAGGAGGCUUCUUCAGGAGACAGCUGGUAAAGAAUAAGAAGGAUGAAUCCACAAAGGGCAAGCCCAGAGGGGUGUUCCCCGGCAUCCCCAGCUGGAUUGGAGGCACCACUGACGUCAAACCUAAAACGGAGGCUGAAGCUGAAAAGGAGAAAGUGAAUCCAGAGCGUAAGGGUCCAGCGCCUGGCAGAUGCUCCUUGACCGACUCUGCAGCUCCUUCCAUCCCCAGCAGGAAGCCUGGCUCCACUGGAAGCCCCGCCUCCCUGUCUGGGUUAGAGAUCAGUGAUGGGUCGGGCAACAACAUCAGCACCACCAACAGCCCCGAGUCUUCGCACAUUGAUGGCGUCUCAAGCAAUCGCUUAGAGCCUCCGACCCUGUCAGACGGGGGUGACAUCUCCCCCGUCGGGUUGGGAGGAGGGCUGACCAUCGGCGAGCCCCUCUCACCCAUGGACACUCCCACAGAGGAAAAUGUGGAGAAAGGUGACAGACGGAAGACAAGUAGGAAAGUGGGGCGUAGCGAGAGUGCCCGCGUGGACCGGCACUCCUCUCGCCGCCGUGGCUCUUCCCGGGCCAAACAGUCUCGCUCCCGUAGUGAUGUGGACCUGCAGCCGCCUUCUUCCACGACAACAUCACCUGCCCCGCUCACCCCCCAGCACCUCCAUCCCUCCGACGGACCGGUUACAUUCCCUGAAGGGCCCGGCCACUCCCCCACCAGCCCCUCCCCACAGCUGGACGAGGUGGAUCCACGCCUCCUGGAGUUUGAGCAGGACCCGCCCAACUGGAGGGAGCUGGCUCCCCCUGAGGCCCUGUCUAGUCUCAGCAAGAAGGAGACCAAGAGGCAGGAGGUCAUCAAUGAGUUGUUUGCGACGGAGCACGCCCAUGUGCGGAUGCUAAGUGUCCUUCAGAUGGUCUUCUCAAAGCCCCUGGAGAGAGAGGAGCUCCUGACCUCCCCUGAGGUGGCCGCCAUCUUCCCCAACCUGGAUGAGAUCAUUGAGAUGCACUAUAACUUCUACGAGAACUUGAAGAAACUGCGUCUGGAUGACAACUUCAUAGUCAAAUCUAUCAGCACCACAGUGCUCAACAGAUUUGAAGGUACAGAGGGAGAGUGGUUCCAGAAAUUGACAGCCCGGUUCUGCAGUCAUCAGUCGUGGGCCUUGGACCAGAUCAAGAGCAGGCAGAAGAAAGAGCCACGCUUCAACUCUUUCAUACAGGAGGCAGAGAGUAAGCCCCAGUGCCGCAGGCUGCAGCUCAAGGACAUCAUUCCCAUAGAGAUGCAGAGACUGACCAAAUACCCGCUGCUGCUGGAAAAUAUUGCCAAGAGCACAGAGGACCCGACAGAGAAGGAGAGGAUCCAGCAGAGCGCAGAGUGCUGUAGAAAGAUCCUCAACCAUGUCAAUGAGGAGGUCAAAGUGAUGGAGAACCUAUUGACUCUGAAGGACUACCAGCGAAGACUGGACACAUCAGGGCUCAAACCCAGUAAUGAGCUUUAUACUGAAUAUAAGAACAUCGACCUGACGCAUAAGAAGAUGCUUUAUGAAGGCCCUGUGACCUGGAGAGUCACAAAGGAGAAGGCAAUUGAGGUGCAGUGUGUGUUGCUCGGGGACCUGCUGGUGCUCUUACAGAGGCAGGACGACAAGAUGGUUCUCAAAUGUCAGAGCAAGAGUAACAUCGCCAUGCAGGAGGGCAAGCAGAUGCUGAGCCCCAUCAUCAAGCUGGACUCAGUCUUCCUACGUGAGGUGGCCACAGAUCGGAAGGCUUUCUAUGUGAUAUUUACCUGGGACAGCGGCGCUCAGAUCUAUGAACUGGUGGCUCAAUCUGUUGGAGAGAGGAAAAUCUGGACUGAUGUGAUUAAGUCAGCAGUGGAUGAUCUGAAGAAGAGUGGAGCACCCAUGAGGUUGGCACUGCCUCCUGGAAGUGGAGGAGCUCCCUUCAGUCCCACGCUGAAUGCCCCUUUGAGCCCGACUGAGAAUGGGGGUUUGAAAAGCAGCAGUGAUCGAGAUAAAGACAGCUUGACGGAUGACAAGUCUUCAGACCCCAGGCACAGACUGAUUGAUUUCCUGUCAGACAAAGGCUUCGACUUGAUAGGCCACUCCAACAGUGAUCAGGAGAAGGUGGCCAACAGUGCUUUGGAUGAAGUCAUGUCACUGAAAAGGCUGCUGGUCGGCAGCAUCAGUCUAUCAGAAGACUCUCAGCCUGACGAAGAAAACGGAGAGGACCAAUCCGAGAGGCCCGGUCAAGAAUCAGAUAGCUGUCAGUCAACAGAAGAAAGCCAGACAACAGACAGGGGAGCGGAGGAGGAGAACGAUAACUCUUGUGAAAAAGAAGGCGCGGGGACGAAGGCAGAGGAGGAGAGGAGCAUCAGUGCACCGCUGGUGUUGUCCCAGGAGAGGAUGGAGGAAGUGUGCAGGAGGCUCCACAGUCUGGAGGAACAACUAAAGAGACUACAGACUGUAGAAGAGGAGCACCACAGGCUGCAGGAGGCCCUUUCCAAGUUCUCACUGGAGGGGGGUCACUUCCAGUAAGACACCAUCACGCCACCUGCUGGCCACUAGAUUUCUACUGGUGCUGGUUUGGAGUGCGAGAGUGACUUUCAGAGGCUUCCCUGGAAAUUCCUAAACCCUCACAAGUCAUGCCUGGACCCUUUGCUGCAUUAGGGGGCUUUAUGCACAGUGCAGUGGUUCAGUGACGAACAUGGGAGGUGUGUGCAUGUGUAUGUGUGUCUGUUUGUGUGCAUGCUUGGUAGAGAGGUAUACAAAGACAAAAAAAACAAACAAAAAAAAACGGGACAUCCUACUUUUGAGUGGGAGGUUGUUUUUUGCAGAGAGGUGCCAAAAAAAAAAGAAGAAGCAAUAUUUUGCUGUGAGAGAGAUGCUGCCUAACAAAAUGUAGUGAUUGCAAUCUGCUGUAACACACAUACGCACACCGGAGACAUGCACGCUAGAGAAUGAUUUACAUUAUUGCCAAUAGCAGACGUGCAGUAAAGGAGAAAUCCUAUGUUUGCCCGCCAGGUUCGCUCUAACCAGGUGGAAGCCUUAAGGGGCCAAUGUAGCGUUUGAAGAUGUAUGGAAAUACUACUGCUGAUAUAUAGUGUUAUUUCUAGUCUAUGCCAAAGCACCACGGAGAUGCACUUUUUUCUGAUCAAACCAAGUUGAACCCACACUGUUUAUGCGAAAUUUAUUUACUCUCUAUGUAGUGCCGUUUUUGAACAGUUGGGCUUCACGUGGGCAGCACUCAUUAUUGAAAAGAUUGCAUGCGUGAAAGUGUGUGUAUGUGUGUUACAAAGUUUUUUAAUUAAGGAUGUGCUUAUUUUGAGGGUUCUUACUGUCAUUAGGUCACAUAGAAACAUUUAUAAAUAGUAGCACUAUAGGUAAUCAUGCUGUUAAUAAUGGAGUCUUUUUUUUUUUCUUUUUUUUUUUUUUGUAUUUA